AUGGCUACGGAAAGCGAUACACCCAAACAUGAGCCGACACCCACGCCACUUGGGUCAAUCCCACAGAAGCGCGCUCUCGAUGACGACCACAGUCCUGCGGUGUCUUCGCCGUUGAACCCUGAUAACAGGGCCACCGAGCAGCCCCCAGCUGACGAAGCCCCCCAUCGCACAAAGUCAGCACGCGCCAAGAAGGACACCUUCAAGAAGCGCGAGGCAAAGGGCACGGACAGCGUGCGCGCAACGCCUGACCCAAAGCCGCGCAGUGUUGGGUUCAAGAGCCUCAAAGAAUCGCAUGAUGCCGAGCUGAGCCCCCUUCGAUUCGUCGCACCUCCGAAGCAAACCGAUUUUGAGCUUUCGCGAGGGCCUGUCUUGAUCCCACACCACAAGGCUACGACCGAAGAUGGCGAGGCCAUUGAGUUCUUUGAGCCAACAGAGGGCGUUGCGAACAAGCGCAACUUUCGGUAUUCGCAUUACAUAGGCGAUCCUCUUUUCCCAUCCAUGCUGUACUAUCGACAGACCGAACUUGAACCGUACGGACCCAAAUUGACCUACGAAGACGCUGCGUCACACAUCUUCUUCGAUUCGACGUGCCGGCAGGUCACAACCGACAAGGGAUUUCGCAUGGCCAGGGCCAACGUCGGCGUACGAGAGGGCAGAUGGUAUUGGGAGUGCAAGAUCAAGCAAGGCAUCCGGAAAGCCAAGGAUGGCGAGUCGAAAGCGCAGACAAGCAACCACGUCCGAAUGGGCUGGGCGCGACGGGAGGCUUCCCUCGAGGCGCCUGUGGGAUACGAUGCCUACAGCUACGGCAUACGCGAUGUGACGGGGGAGAAGGUAUGGAUGUCAAGGCCAAAAGACUUCUUCCCACCGGGCGAGACCAUACAUGAAGGAGAUGUCAUAGGUCUCGAGAUCCAAUUACCCUCUGAGCGGUUGCAUCGCAGAGUCAUGGCCGGCACGUACAAUCCUGCGGUCGACCCCCACGAGGAGUUGCAGCCUAAACGGACGGCCAGUGCUGCGAACAUUGUGCGCGAACGACCCGCGAUUCGACACAAAGCCAACAAUUACUUUGAGAAUAUCGAUUAUAGCUCGACAAAGGAGCUGGAAGAUCUCAUGAACCCAUCCCCUCUUGGUCCAAAUGGUGCCAUGGAGGCACCAAACCCGCUGCAUGCGUCCCCGAGUCUACGCACGUUGCCGAACUCAUCCAUCCGACUAUACAAGAACGGGAAGCUCAUGGGCACCGCUUUCGAAGACCUACUUGGGUUUCUACCGCCCGCUUCGAAACAACAGCAAGGGGCCAGGGAUGGGUUAGAUGAUGGGUCGUUAGGAUACUACCCCGCCGUCAGUGUCUUUCGAGGCGGCGCCGCAGAGGUGAACUUUGGACCUGACUUUUGGUAUCCGCCUCCUAAGUCGACCAAUGGCGAUAUGGAGAUAGAGAGCAACGGAGGAACCGGCGGUGUUGCUCGUCCCCUUUCUGAACGAUUCGAGGAGCAGGUUGCCGAGGAUGUGGUAUGGGACAUUGUCGACGAGGUCGAUUUCUGGAUGCAGGACGGUCAGGGACCUCCGGGCAGCGGAGGCAUGGCGAGUGGUUCAGCCAAGGCUGGUCUCACGCAUGGAAGAGGAAUUGCACAGGACGACUAA